GCAAGGGGCCGCACGCACCAGUAGAGGGAAGUUGCCCACCAGACACAAAAAUGGCCGAGUCGAGCCAGCUGCUCCGAGUCGUGAUGCUUCUAACCAUGUACUUCCUCCUCUUCCAGCGGAUUUCGUCGGCUCUCCCACCAACACCAGCGGGCACCCUCUGUGUCCCCCGUGAGCGGGACGCACUUCUCGACUUUAAGGCUGGCCUCACCGACCCCAGCAACCUCCUGUCGUCGUGGCGAGGUGUGGAGUGCUGCCGGUGGACGGGCGUCGUUUGCAGCAACCGGACUGGCCACGUCGUUACGCUCCAAGUCAAGAGUGACUGGGCGAUCAGAGGUGAGAUACGCCCCUCCUUGCUCACUUUACGACAUCUGAAGCAGCUGGACCUCUCAUACAACGACUUCGGCUUAAAACACAUCCCGACGUUCAUCGGCGCCCUCGGGCGUGGGCGCCUCAUGCAUCUCGACCUCUCCUUAUCCAAUUUUCGUGGUCGGAUUCCUCCCCACUUGGGAAACCUCUCGGAUCUGGUCAGCCUUCAGCUCAACGGUAUGAGGUAUGCCUACUCUCGUGAUCUCGCAUGGGUGUCUCGCCUUAGGAAGCUGCAGGUCCUCAGCAUGCUUCACAUAGACCUCAGCAGAGCCGUCGACUGGACUCAUGCUAUCAACAUGCUCCCCAAUUUGAUAGAACUUGAUUUUAGUUUUUGCGGGCUUAGGAACUCUAUGCCUCCCCUGGUGCACUCCAACCUCACAUCGUUGGUGACCCUGACCGUCGACGCACUGGAGAACUUGACUUCCAUUCAAAAAAUAAAUCUGGGUGGAAACAACUUCACUAGCAUGGUGCCAUUGACCUUCAAGAAAAUGAAGAAAUUACAAGAGCUCGUGUUAUCUAACAACUUUAUCAACAUGGAUGUAGCAGAGCUACUGCAUCGGUUGCCAUCAGUUGAAAUGCGGGUGUUGCAUUUGGACUACAACUAUUUGACAGGGAGCUUACUAACUUGGCUAGGGCUCUUUAGCAACUUAAACGAGAUGAGCCUCGACCACAACGAGCUGUCUGGAGAGAUACCAGUUGGUAUACGGGAGCUCAAAAAAUUGCGCAAAUUAUGGCUAGCCUCCAAUAACCUACAUGGUACAAUCACUGAGGACCAUUUCACAAAUCUAACCACAUUAGAAGAUCUAGAUAUCUCUGAUAAUUCCUUAAAUGUGAAGGUCGAUAGUACAUGGAAAAGUCCAUUCAACUUAUCCUCGGCAUGUUUUAGAUCUUGCAUACUAGGGCCUCGGUUUCCAGCUUGGCUUAACCAACCAUCCAUCUCUUAUCUUGAUGUUUCAAACACAAGCAUACAUGAUAAUAUACCUGUCUGGAUUGUUACUUCCUCUAUGCAAUAUUUAGAUUUGUCUAGAAAUCGGCUUGUUGGCAUGCUUCCUACAUUUUCCCUAUCAUCUCCCUUGAUAACACUACAAGUCAGUUCUAACCAGAUUGCUGGCCCAAUUCCAACACUUCCAAAGAAUCUACUCCACUUGGACCUCUCCGGAAACAAUCUAUCAGGUGCACUGCCAUCAUCAGACAUAGGAUCACCAAUGCUAAAAGUCCUUCUUCUCUUCAAUAAUUCCUUUUCUGGAACUAUUCCCUGCUCCCUGCUCUAGCUGCAACAAUUGGUAUUUCUAGACCUAUCAAAAAACCGGCUAAAUGGGACGUUUCCCAAUUGCCCUCACAGAUUCAAAGCAACAAAUAUCACCUUGCUUAACCUGAACAACAACAGUCUUUCAGGAGCAUUCCCAUUGUUUCUUCAGAGAUGCAGAGACAUAAAAUUUCUGGAUCUGGGAUACAAUAAAUUUUCUGGGAGCUUACCAACAUGGAUUGGUUCUAAGUUACCACACUUGGCACUUUUGCAUUUGCGCUCAAACAUGUUCUCCGGUGCAAUCCCUGGAGAACUAACCAUGAUGAAGGGGCUUCAAUUUUUAGACAUUGCAUGCAACAACAUCUCAGGGAACAUACCACGGUCACUUGGGAAUCUCACAGCUAUGACUUUUACUUCGCGUAAUAUUGCACGUGGAGGCCUUUUUGAAGUUUUCAAUUUUGAAAUUGUUGGAUCAACGAUGGGGUACAUUUAUCCUUAUGGUGGUAGUAUAUUCGUGGACGUAAAAGGUCAACAACUUGAAUAUAACAAAGGGAUCACAUACAUGGUGAACAUUGAUUUGUCUUGCAACAGUUUAACUGGGCAGAUUCCUCAAGAGAUUGGCAUGCUCGUUGUAUUAAAGAACUUAAACUUGUCAUGGAAUAGUCUGACUGGCAUAAUACCUCAAAGUAUUGGUGAGCUACAAGCAUUGGAAUCAUUUGACCUCUCACAUAAUGAGCUCUUUGGUGAAAUUCCUACCAGCUUAUCAGCUCUAACAUCACUAAGCCGCUUAAACAUGUCAUAUAACAAUCUGACCGGAACUAUUCCAUCUGGUAACCAAUUAAGUGCACUAGAGGACCCAGCGUCCAUCUACAUUAGUAACCCAGGUCUUUGUGGUCCACCUCUCCAAAGGAACUGCUCACGAACUGGCAUAACUCCAUUUGCUGCUCAAGAGCAUGACGAAGGAAUGAGUGAUGUGGUUUCGUUGUACCUUAGCAUCUGCAUAGGAUUUGUAGUAGGUCUCUGGAUUGUCUUUUGUGGCUUCUUGUUCAAGAGGAAAUGGAGGGUUAGUUGGUUCUUAUUUACUGAUCACAUUUAUGAUCGAGCUUAUGUGCAAGUGGCGGUGGGUUGGGCUUCACUGACAAGAAAAAUCUCAAGGAUGAGCUCUCAGACGCUGGAGCUUCUAUUGGUACCAAUGAUAUAAGUAUGACUUUAAUAGUUUUUGGAAAUAUUGUAUGUGUAUUCUGCAGUGUAUAAAUGGAACAUAUACUCUAGACGGGGCGUGCGUGAGUUGUUGCUGUAAAUGGUUAGUUAGCUGACAUAUGAUCCCUAUCUCUGUAUAGGUAUAACGUGUGGGUCAAGCUCAAGCUAGCUAGCCAAAUGUUUGUAAUCUGAUUGCUGUAUUAACACGUACGCAUCCCUGCCCAACAGCAUAUGUUUUCAGCC